AUGGAUUCCUGGCGCUGGCGCCCGUCCGUCGAGAAGCACUCGUUCCGCUUUCUCAUCAUCGUCCCGGUCGUUCUCGCCGUCGCCACGGCCGCCACCCUCUUCAUCCACUCUGACUACAACCUCGCCGCCGUGACCUCGGGCCGCGCCUUCGCCGUCAUGGCCGAGAUCCUUAGCUUCGUUGCUGGUCUGUUGACCGUCUACACCGUCGAGGGCGCCCGCAUCUGUAACGCUCCCAACGUGCUCAUCGCCUAUCCCACGGGCCCUCUGCUCAUCUUCAACAUGAUUGGCGGUGCCUUCAUCUGGCAGCUCCUCAUCAUCCCGGCCUUCUUCCACCGCGCCCGUGCCAUCCUCAAGGCCCGGGGUGACGCCCGUCGCGACGACGAGGCCGAGGCCGUCCGCGCCCUCGUGCCCCCUGCCAAGCGCUUCCUCGCCGCUACUAUAUCAUCCAUCUCUUCCUCCACCACCCCCGAUGAGGUGCGCUCGCUCCACCUCGAGUCCCACCGCGCCUCCCUUGCCCUCGUCUAUGCCGCCCCCGACGACCGGCUCAUGAUGACCCGCAAGACCCUCGGCUUCAUCGAGAUCGAUAUUGUCUUCACCGGUUUCACUGUCCUUUACUGGCUCCUCGUCGAAGCUGGCUGGCAGGUCGUCGCCGUCAUGCUCGGCGUUUCCGUUGUUCUCGGUCCUGGCGCGGGCAUCUGCGCCGGCUGGGUCUAUCGUGAGGGCAGCUGGCAUGAAAUCUUUGGCCGCGGCCUAGGUCGGCACAGUAGCAGCCUCGGCCAAGGCGCCGAAGAGCGCGAGGGCGGUGCGGACGAGCAGACACCCCUCCUUGGCUAA